UGUGGAUGGAUAGAACAUAGAACAUAGUAGAACACAGAACUGAAACAAGUUUUGUUGUUGAACUCAAACUCAAACACAACAAUGUCUUCAAUCACAUGCAUAACUCACCAACCCAUUAUUUCAAAUUCUAAGUCUUUAAUCACUUCGCAAGUUUCUUCCACAAACUUGUCUUCUUCUCGGUUUCUUGGUAUUAGAGUUAAGAGUGUUCGAUGGUCAAGCUCAAGCUUCACCUCUAAAUUUGGACCCUCUAAUGGGUCAAGAUUCACAUGCUGGUUCAAGUUUGGUAAAAAUGGUGUUGAUGCUGAAGGUGCUGGUAUUUAUGGUAGUCAGUCUCGUGAUGAUUUUGAUAGAGAUGAUGUUGAACAGUACUUCAACUAUAUGGGGAUGCUCGCUGUUGAAGGAACAUAUGAUAAAAUGGAGGCACUUCUAAGCCAAAAAAUUCACCCUGUGGACAUUCUACUGUUGUUGGCUUCAUCAGAAGGUGACUUGCCGAAAAUUGAGGAACUCUUGAAAGCAGGAGCAAAAUAUGAUGUAAAAGACGCAGAUGGACGGACAGCGUUGGAUAGGGCUAAUUCUGAAGUUAAAGAUUUCAUUCUUAAUUUUUCAGUGCAGAGAGCAUGAUUAGUUUGUUACCAUUAUUUGCCAUUUCAGCUACAUAGUUGUUUAUGUUAUGAUAACUUUUGAACUAUGUUAUUUCAUAUGAUUUGGCCUUUGGAUUCAUUAUUAGCAUGAAGUUUAUGUCAAUAUCAGUCUA